CUAAGGGAGCGGACAGAAGAAUGCCGUCUCCAUGACAACCGCCAGCAGAGUCACCUGCUGAGCCGCUGGAAAGUGACUUGAGGAAGUGACCGGAGGCCUCGGCUGCGACAUUUGUGGAAGUAAGUGGAUUACAGAAAAAUGGAAAUUGAGCAAGAGGACAUGUCACCAGAGACCGCAUUUGAAAAGGACCCCUUUCAGAUGACAGUAGAAGAUGUGUACGAUAUCUCACAUGUUAUAGGCAGAGAUCUUAUGAAGAUCAGCAAAGAAGCCCAGGGUGUGACGGACCUUGUGGCUGAUCUUCAGUUUAAGAUUGUCCGUAUUCUGGAAGUCCUGGAGACACUGGUGAACCAAUCAAGUCUUGUUACAGAGGAGAUGAAGAUGGAAAGGGAUAAUCUAAAGGGUGAGGUGGAAAGACUGAUGAGAAAAAGCCCUCCAGCAGAUCAGACUGACCUUGGACCAGACAAGAUGGUUAUAGAUCUCACAGACCCAAACCGGCCACGAUUUACAUUACACGAGCUAAGGGAGGUGCUGCAGGAGCGGAACAAGUUGAAGGUUCAGCUCUUGGUUGCACAAGAUGAAUUGCAGUGCUAUAAAAGUGGGAUCAUUCCUCCAACUGAGGACCACAUUGUGACAUUGGAAAAUGAAUCCAUAAUCACCACUUCACCUAGGCCGAACGACAGCAGCAAAGAGAAGUCAACUAUAAGACGCCUGUUUUCUCCCUUCAAACAAGAAAAGCAAGCACAACAGUAAUGCUGUUUUCAGUAUUUUUACCCUGGGUAUUUUUACUACAAGUUCACUACUUAAGGGGGUUGUUCACCCAUGGAGACAUUUUGGGCAGGACCUGCGGAGGGAACCAUACUUAUCUGAUCCUUGCCACUGGGUUCCAGCUCCUUUGCUUCCCUGCCACUGCCGCAGCUCUCUGGUCUUCCCACGUCAGGAUCUGGCUUGAUGUGGGUCACUUGGCUGCUGCAGCCAAUUAAUGCCCGCAGCGGUAACGUGUCCCCAUGUGUCACCUGACCCAGUGACAUGACAGAUGGAGCACUGACCCUGACAAAUGUUAGGUAUUGAUUUAUCCCAGGCUGAGGCUAUAUUACCUAUAUUCACAUUUAACUAUUUGGUGCGUCAACUUAUUAAGACUUCACCCAUAUUUUUGUAAUUAAAACCUUUGCGAUUGUUAAAAACCCAAUAGUAUCUAUUUCAGCCCAUGAGUGGGAGUGCGUGCGCUACCCGCAACCCCUCUUUGUAUCACUAUUUUGCUGACAGCAUGUGCUCCUAUUACUAGCAGUAGAUCGCUAUUAAAGGGAAUCUGUCAGCUCCGAAAUCCCCCCCCCCCCAACUAGAGUAAGUGGUGUGUAGUGUAAGUGGUGCUGAGUCCGCUUAUGUAAUUUUUAUCUUCAUACUCAUUUGCAUUCCGACGCUGUGCUACAAACCAGCAGUGAUAAGACUCCUCCUGGAGUCCUCUCCAUUAUGUGUAUGGGCACAGGAGUCCUCUUACUGCUG